GUAUGCAAAAAACUCCAGAGAAGCAAGAAUUAAGUUAGGCUCUGCUAUUGUCUAUCAGUUAAUAUUCAUGGGAUAAAUAAAUUAGAUUAACAACAGAUGAGGAUGUAUUAUGUAGUUAUAGUAAAUUCUCAAAUGAUCAAGGAGUAUGAUUUUAAUUAUUAAAUACUUUAGAGUUAUUGUGAGACAAAGAAAGAUCAAGGAAAUGUGUUCAUUAAAAAAUGCAAUCAAGUUCAAAUUGAUGAUGUAUAAAGUCAAGAAAAUAAAUAAUUAUUAUUAAUCUUGAGAGAGAAAGAUAAAAGAAUUGAAGAAUUAGAACACUAUUAAGUAUGGUUGUAAGAAUAGAAUGAGAAAUUGAAGUUGAAUUAGCAAAUGAUGAUGUAAAUUUCAUCUGAAUAUUAGUGAAGAUUAAUCAAUGAAUUAAUUGCAAAGAGACUCAGCAUCAAAAAGACAUUUAUAAAAAAUAGAAGAUCUAGAAUUGCAGAUUAAUUAAUCAGAAUAAUAAUAUCAUAAAAGUUUGAAAAGUCUUGGUUAAUUGGAAAAAGAAAAUUCUACUUUAAAAACUAAAAUAUUUGAAUAUGAAUAAAAGUUAUUCUAAUAGCAACAUCAAUAAAAAGUAACUGAAUAAAUAAAUGAAGUAAUUUUUAUAUGAUUUAUUAAUAGUAAUAAAAGUUAAAAUAUGAAGAACAAUAAUAAAUAAAUUAAUCUAAAAUUUAUGAGUUACAAUAAUACAUAUAAUCACAAGAAUCUUAUAUUAAUAAAUUAUAACAUGAUGUAAUUUAUUUAUUUAUAUUUUAUAUAGGUAUAAUUAUCUAGAAAGAAUUCUAAGGAAAACAUUAGUAAAUAAUAUAAAUCUGUUGUUUUAAGAGAAAAAUCACCUCAAUUAAAUCAGUAUGAUUAACAUUAAAUGAAUAAAUUUGUUGAAUGUAUUGUUGAUAUGGUAAUGAAUUGUACUUUGAGUUAAGCUUAAACUAAACCAAGGUAAUAAUUUAAUUAAAUUAUAUAGUUUGAAAGAAUGUUGGAAAUGGCUUAAAAAUAUAUUAGAAGAAUAUAUGAUAUUGAAAAAAUAAAUUCUUUAAGAUACUAAUAAAACUCAUUCUACCAAAUCCAGUUAAUUUGUAGGUAAGGAAAUCAAUGGAGAAAGAAAAAGAGAUCAUAGUUUUUUUAAUGAUUUGAAUAGGAGAUUUUAGACAUCUGUUGAGGAUUCAGAGAACAAAUAUUUAAGAUCUAAUACUCUCUUAAGUAGAGUCCAGAAAUGAA